AUGAAUGAUUUAGAGUCUUCGAGAAGAUUUAAAAUAAUUCAGGAUUCAAAUGAAAAGGUUAAAGGAGUCAGAGAUAGACUCAAGGCAGCUCUUAGUAGCCAGAAGAGUUUUAAAGAUGUCCGCGGGAAGGACCAUGAGUUUCAAGUGAGUGUUUGGGUGUUUUCAAAAUUGUCUCCUUGGAAAGGGGUGGUACGUUUUGGUAACGUGAAAAGCUUGGUCCGAGAUUUAUUGGUCCUUAUGGGUUUUAAGAUCAAGUUGGCUCUCUUGCGUAUCGAGCAGCCAAUUAGUUUGAAGAAGGAUUUGACUUAUGAUGUGGAGCCGGUACAGGUUCUUGACCGAAAGGAGCAAAUGUUUAGGAACAAGUCAAUCCCAUUUGUCAGGGUGCUUUGGAGAAGUCAUCAAGUAGAGGAAGCUACUUGGGAGUUAGAGCAGCAAAUGAGGCAGCAGUAUUUCUAUCUCUUUGAUUGUUAG